AUGUCUCCGCAGAAGGCAUCUCUCGAAGUCCGCUCUCCCAGUCGCGCAUCUCUUCAGCCCACGUCACCUUCAGUCAGAAGAGUGACUAGUUCAAGUGCCAUCUCGGUAUCACCGUCUCUCCGAGAAGAAGACGAAGCGGCAAUCGCGGACUCGAGCGAUGAGGAAGAUCUGCCUCUCGGCGUUCUGCUGUCCCAGAAGAGAGCACGAGAAGCAGAACGCACACGCAUAGCCAAGCUCGAGGCGGAAGUGCAAGAGUUGCGCAAUCGAGAGAAGUCGAGAAAUUUGCAGCUGAAGCGCGAGCAGGAGAGGCAAAGGGCGAAAGAGGCCGAGCGCUUGCAAGAAGAACAAAAGAAAGCGCUUCGCGAUGCUAGGGAGCGACGCAAGGUUACCGCACAUACCUCGGUACUGCACAGCCCGAACUACGGCGCAGGUGACGCUUCCAUGACUACUAGUCCAAGCGCUCGUCUCUCGCCUUCUGCUCUCUCCACCUCUGCCACCGCUGCGAACAUCAAUCAGAUGUCUACGCCGAAGCAGGCCGGGCGGUCGUCCACCGUCUUGCCAUCUCCUUCAAUGAGCAGCAUAGGUGCGCAGCAUCGCUCAUCGAUGAUGCCACCCGCUCACUUGGCGGACCCCCGGCGCGGUAGCAUUCAGCGCACCGAGCAGCCCCAUCCCGCAAUGUCUGGCAUCCAGCCUCAUCAAGCUUACUUGAUGCCAAGUCCAUUCACACCUGAGCAGAUACAUCACCGUACCUCUUUCUUGCCACCUUCUGCGUCUGGGGGCUACUUCGUACCUCACCAACAAGUGCAACAGAACUUCUCGACCGCUCAUUCUCCGUCGUACCAUUCGGGAAUGCCUCUGCCCUUGGGAGCACCUUUUGCUUCGCCGCCCGCGCAGCAAGCACAACCGCGCAGGUCAAGCUCUAGGAUGGCCGCUCCCCAACCGCACCAUCGAUCUCCACUGUCUCCUGAGUCUACUCCGCGUCGGCAACACAGCGCUUGGAUCUAA